ACCGAUCGGAGUUAUCUACCUACACACAAGUCCCAAGAUGCGCUUCCUAAUUGCCCUUUGCCUUGUGGCUGCUGCCAGCGCUGACUCGCUCGGCUACAACUAUCAGCCAUCUGCCUCCACUGGCUCAUCGUCCUAUGCUCCCUCUGCUGCCGGACCAUCAUAUAGCCAAGCUGCUGCCCAACCCUCGUACACCCAAUCCACUGGCGGACAAUCCUACAGCCCCGCGGCGGCUGCCACCCAGGAACAGCCCACAUUCAAUGCCCCCUCUGAACCUUUUGUUAGCGCUCCCGAAGCUGCUCCCUCGGCUGACGCCCCCAACUACUCCGCUCCCCAGACCGAGCUGCAGAAGGAGUUCUUCACGUACACCGCCGAUGAGAGCGCCUUCAACGAGCCAGCUGGAUCCGAGCAGGUGUCCAGCUCCUUGAACAAGGCCCUGCGCGUGAUCUUCAUCAAGGGACCCGAGAACCGUGGCCUGGAGAAUGCUGCCCUGGCCCUGGCCAAGCAGGCCGGCCAGCAGGAGACCGCCAUCUAUGUCCUGAACAAGCAGGCUGACAUCGGAGAUUUGGCCAACAAGCUGAACUCCAUUCGCAGCAACAACAACAACAAGCCCGAGGUGCACUUCGUCAAGUACCGCACUCCCGAGGACGCUGCCAAUGCCCAGCAGGCCAUCCAGGGACAGUACGAUCAGCUUGGAGGAUCUUCCUCCAUCCAGAACGGCGGUGUUGCCCCAGUGCUAAACUUCGCCUCCCAGGCACCCGCUCGUCCAGUGGCCGCUCCCUCCUCGCCGGAGAACUCCUACCUGCCCGCGUCGGUGCUGCGUCGCCGCCUGUAAGAGCCGUACGACAGCCGACUGAACCGACUGACCCGACUGACCCUCACUGAUUCCUACGCACUCGCUGCGACCCAUCUCUCCUUCUCCACAUGGAGACCAUCUCUGUUGAAUAGUUUGUAUUGCGA